UUCCAUUCUGCAUAUACAAUGGCUCCCUCUUCUCUGCUUUUCUUUUGCUUGGCUACAAUGGUGUAUCUCAUUGAAGCUGCACCAGUGGAAUCCCAUAGUUCCAUUGAUUCCAAGUGUCCUCUGAUGGUGAAAGUCCUUGAUGCAGUUCGAGGAAGCCCAGCUACCAGCCUCCCAGUAAAAGUAUUCAAAAAGGGUGAAGAUGGGACCUGGAAGGAGUUUGCUAAUGGGAAAACAAAUGAAUAUGGAGAAAUCCAUGAACUUACAACUGAUGAAUUGUUUAUAGAAGGCUUGUACAAGGUGGAAUUUGACACUAGCUCAUACUGGAGGGCACUUGGUGUUUCCCCAUUUCAUGAAUAUGCUGAUGUGGUUUUUACUGCUAAUGAUUCUGGUCAUCGUCAUUACACUAUCGCUGCUCUCCUUAGUCCUUUUUCUUAUUCAACCACGGCUGUUGUCAGUGACCCAAAGGAAUGAGACAGUGCAUAAUUCAUCCAAAAUUCUCUCUAUUACACUUUUGUAGCAAUAUUUUAAAAGAGGUAGUUACUUUGUACUAUCAAUGGCUUGUUUCCUGCAGUAGCAUGUAACAGCUACUACUUGGCUAACUUU